CGACGCGUGAGACGCAUCCAUUCCAUAGACACACACAAAAACAAACCCCAAAGGAGGCGAGAAAGGGGAGGCGGAGACGAGGAAAGUGGUGGUGGUGGAUUGCGGCGGCUGCUCCCUCCCCCCUCCUCCUCCUCCUCGCCGCCGGAUCUCCCACCCCCCACCCACGCGCCGCGCGGCGUCCUCCUGCUGCUGCUGCUCUUGGGGUUGCGGUUUUGGGAUCGGUUGCGGCGCCAGCGCGCGCACGCGCAUGGUCGUGGCGGCGGGGCGGGAGUAGGGGAGGGAGGCGUACCCAGCGGGGGGCGGCGCCCAUGGCGGACCUGGUGUCUGGCUGCAAGGAUAAACUGGCAUACUUUAGAAUAAAGGAACUCAAAGAUAUAUUAAAUCAGCUUGGCUUACCAAAGCAAGGAAAGAAGCAGGAUCUUAUUGAUAGGGUGUUGGCACUGUUAUCUGAUGAGCAAGGUCAAAGGCAUCAUGGAUGGGGAAGGAAAAAUUCUCUCACCAAAGAGGCAGUGGCAAAAAUUGUUGAUGAUACAUACAGCAGGAAAAUGCAAAUCCAAUGUGCUCCUGAUCUAGCCACCAGGAGCCACAGCGGAUCAGAUUUCAAUUUCAGGCCUAAAGAGGAAGCCUAUGACCCUUUCCAGCCGGAGGCCAAAGUUCGCUGCAUUUGCAGUAGCACAAUGGUUAAUGACAGCAUGAUCCAGUGUGAAGAUCAGCGAUGCCAAGUGUGGCAACAUUUGAAUUGUGUGAUUAUUCCAGAUAAGCCUGGUGAUAGCCCUGAAGUUCCACCCAUUUUCUACUGUGAAUUAUGCCGACUGAGUCGGGCAGACCCAUUUUGGACCACUUCUGCAAAUCCAUUACCCCCAGUGAAAUUCGUGUCAUCUGGUGUUGCAAAUGAUGGAACAAGUGUACCUCAAAGUGUGGAGAAAAGCUUCCAGCUUUCUCGAUCAGAUAGAGAAACUGUCCAGAGACAAGAAUUUGACCUCCAGGUUUGGUGCAUGCUUUUGAAUGACAAAGUUCAGUUCAGGAUGCAAUGGCCCCAAUAUGCAGAAUUGCAUGUUAAUGGUAUUUCAGUACGAGUAGUAACAAGACCUGGUUCUCAAUUACUUGGGAUAAAUGGACGGGAUGAUGGGCCACUGAUAACCACAUGCAGUAGAGAAGGAACUAAUAAAAUUUGCUUGUCAAGGGUUGAUACUCGGACAUUUUGCUUUGGUGUUCGAAUUGCGAAGCGGAGGACUGUUGCUCAGGUUUUAAACUUAGUUCCAAAGGAAGCUGAAGGAGAGUCUUUCGAGCAUGCUCUUGCUCGUGUUCGGCGCUGUCUCGGAGGUGGAGACACCGCAGAGAAUGCUGAUAGUGACAGUGAUUUGGAAGUGGUUGCUGAGUCUGUUACAGUCAACCUUCGUUGCCCUAAUAGUGGAUCCAGAAUGAGGAUUGCUGGGAGAUUCAAACCUUGCAUUCACAUGGGUUGUUUUGAUCUUGAAACUUUUGUGGAACUGAAUCAACGGUCCCGCAAGUGGCAAUGUCCAAUAUGUUUAAAGAAUUACUCUCUUGAGCACUUGAUGAUUGAUCCUUACUUCAACAGGAUUACUUCUCUGUUGCGCCACUGCAAUGAGGAUGUUAAUGAAGUUGAUGUCAAGCCUGACGGAUCUUGGCGUGUGAAGGGUGAUGCUGCAACUAGAGAAUUAUCUCAAUGGCAUAUGCCUGAUGGUACCCUUUGUAAUGCUCAGGAAGAUGUCAAACCUGUCAUGCAAAAUGGAAAUGAACAGAUGAUGGAAGGUACUUCUGAUGGACAGAAACCUUUGAUAAUUGGAAUAAAGAGAAAUCCAAAUGGGAUCUGGGAAGUUAGUAGUAAAGCAGAUGACAAGAAGCCUUCUGUGGUUGGAAAUCACAUGCAGAACAAUAGUGGGUUACGUGCUCUAAACAAUAUCGUGCAUAUGAGCAACAGCCCCACUAGUAGUUAUAGAGAUGGGGAAGACCCAAGUGUGAACCAAGAGAGCAAUACAGACGAUAGACUACAACAACAGCAUAAUGUCGCAGAUGUCAUUAUUCUGAGUGAUUCUGAUGAAGAGAAUGAAGCUAUGGUUUGCCCGCCAGCUGUUUUUGACAAUACUACCACUGCAAAUGGUAGUGGUUUUCCUUUCACCACCAAUGAUCCUGGAUAUACUGAAAGAUACCAGGAAGAUGCUGGCGUUGGUACUAGUGGCCUUGGUUUAUUGAGUAACAACGUUGAUGAUUUUGAGAUAAAUAACUGGCAAAUGCACCCUUCUUAUCAACAACCUGAACAAGGCUUCCAGUUUUUUGGCAAUGAUGCUGAUGUUCAUAAUACUUUUGUUGGCUCACAUAAUUCGUUUGGCAUAGCACCGAAUGACUAUUCUCUUGAUUGUAAUGUUGGUGUAGAGGAGGCUUCUGUAACUCCUGCUCUUACAGUCUGCCGGAAUAGUAAUGAAAUGCAUGGAAGUUUGGUCGAUAACCCACUGGCUUUGGCUGGCGAUGAUCCAUCCUUGCAAAUUUUUCUUCCAAGUCAACCUUCUUCUGCUCCUCUUCAGGAAGAACUUAGCGAGCGUGUUAAUGCACCAAAUGGGGUUCAGUCUGAUGAUUGGAUAUCUCUUACACUCGCAGCAGGUGGUGCUAACGAAGAGCCUGCACCUGCUGAGGUCAAUUCACAGCCACAAAUUCCAUCAACAGAGGCAAGGGCUGAACCGUUGAGUGACGCUGCUUCAUUUCUGAGCACAAACAUUGAAAGACGUAGCGGAGCCGAUUUAAAUCCAAGAAGGAUAGAAAAUAUAUUUUCUCAUCCUCGCCAGCCUCGGUCUGUUAGGCCUCGACUCUGUUUAUCAAUAGAUACUGAUUCUGAAUAGUUUGGACAUCAUAAUGGGCUAGCUGAAUUUGCAUUAGUUUGGCAAAGCUGCCAUCCAGAAAUCUUGAUUUAUACUGAGGGGUUUAUCGGUCAUCUGGUUGAUGUAAAGAAAAACACCAGCAUUGAUGCUUUUUGCCUCAAUGGUUUACAAGCUUUCAAGUGUUCCAUAUGAUCCAGGAGGGAUCUGCAUAGAGAACAUCUGAUGGUUGGUAUAGAAAAAAAUUUCUAACUGGGUAUCGAGGCUUAAUGUGGCGACUGGAGCAGUUUGUACAUUUCUGUUUUUGUUGACUUUUGACUUUUACUGGAUAUAAGGAAUAGAGGGGGUUUCAUCCCUGGAUGCAAGACAAAUACAUGUGAAUGUUUGUGUACCAUCAUUGUAUGUAGACUUUGGGGGCACUAAUUUAGAUGUUUAUUAACCUGGUGUUUUGAUGGAGAAUAAACUAUUCCUGGAAGUGGCGGUCAAUAAACAUAGCCCUUGGGAGCCCUUGGGUUCUUACUUAGGUAA